AAAAAUACCUUUUAUUGUAGUUGUAUUCUUCUUGACAGAAGCCUGUUUGCCGUCUUGCAGGAGUUCCCAGUGAGAAGAAGCUGUCAGAGUUACGCUGCUCAGGCCUGUCAAAGUUUCUGACUUUCUAACAUUCGUCCAUCUCUGCACCUUCUAACGGUUUGAUGGAGAUCUGGUCGAAUGUCAGCUGGAACUAUUGUUAUAACCGGAGGAAUACUCGCCGGAGUAAUACUGCUGUGCAUUGUAGCAGUUCUCUGUUACUGUAGACUCCAGUAUUACUGCUGUAAGAAGAAUGAAUCUGAGGUGGACAUGGGGUCUGGGGUGGGAAAGGACCCGCUCUCUCACUUCCCGUGUAACACAUGCAAUGCCCUCGCCAUGGAUGGUGCGCCCAUCACACCUGUCUCUCUGGACCAGCUGGACUCUGAGCCUUGUCACAGCCGCUGUCCCACCUGCUCGCCAUGUUACCUCCACCCCGAACUCUCACUCGACAUGCAUAAUGGAGGAGAGCGGCUGGGCUUCCACACCUACUACGAGAACCCGACUGUUUCUCUUCCUCUGUCUGUAAACGAGCACAGCUCCCCCCCUCUGAGUUACUACAGUCCUACGGAUGUGUUCCCUCCUCCGCCUUGUCCCUACAGCACCGAGGUCUGAUCUCCACGGACUAUAAAGACUUCAGUGACACACCUGAUGUUCACACACUGAGCACACAUCCUUUCAUUUGGGACAUUUAUUUAUUUGUCGUGGCAUUAACAGCACUGCACAAUUAUUAGCACAACAUGAGCUACAGAUUUAUAGAUUCCUGACAACACGCUGCUGAUACACCA